AUUGCCAGCUCCCUCCCAGCCCAGCCGGCCACAUCUGGCGGCUGCCCUCCCUUGUUUCCGCUGCAUCCAGACUUCCUCCGGCAGUGGCUGGAGGCUGCGCAUCUGGGGCUUUAAACAUACAAAGGGACUCUAAGGACCGGCAAGCACAGGCGGUGGUGGCACGGGCUGGGGCGCGGGGGCCGGACCAUGCGCGGCUGAGCGGGGCAAAGCAGAGGCCACCGAGUCUAGUGGUCCCUUGGAGCGCAGCGCUGAGUGGCGGAGCAAGCGCCAGCCAGGAGGCGAGUCGGCCACCCGCGCCGAGCCAGUGACCCCUGGGCAGCGUGCGGGCCCGGGAGCGCUAUGACCGAUGCGCGAGUGGCCCGGGGCGCGCUCGCCGGCCCCCUACGGGCGCUUUGCGUCCUGGGCUGCCUGUUGGGCCGGGCUGCCACCCGGCCGUCUCCCAUCAUAAAGUUCCCCGGAGAUGUCGCCCCCAAAACGGACAAAGAGUUGGCUGUGACACUCACAUGCAUUUCUCCCACCUCCAGGAUCAUUGGCUACACACCUGAUCUUGACUCCGAGACAGUAGAUGACGCCUUCUCUCGUGCCUUCCAAGUCUGGAGUGAUGUGACCCCCCUACAGUUUUCUCGUAUCCACGAUGGAGAGGCUGACAUAAUGAUUAACUUUGGCCGUUGGGAGCACGGAGAUGGAUAUCCCUUUGAUGGCAAGGAUGGACUCCUGGCUCACGCCUUCGCCCCAGGUCCUGGUGUUGGAGGAGACUCCCACUUUGACGACGAUGAGAUGUGGACCCUGGGAGAAGGACAAGUGGUCCGUGUGAAGUACGGGAAUGCUGAUGGGGAGUUCUGCAAGUUCCCCUUCCUGUUCAAUGGCAAGGAGUACACCAGCUGCACUGACACGGGCCGCAGCGAUGGCUUCCUCUGGUGCUCCACCACCUACAACUUUGACAAGGACGGCAAAUACGGCUUCUGCCCCCAUGAAUCCCUGCUCACCCUGGGUGGCAACGGCGACGGACAGCCCUGCAAGUUCCCGUUCCGAUUCCAGGGCACAACCUACAACAGCUGCACCACCGAGGGCCGCACUGACGGCUACCGCUGGUGCAGCACCACCGAGGACUACGACCGCGACAAGAAGUACGGCUUCUGCCCGGAAACUGUCAUGUCCACGGUCGGCGGAAACUCAGAUGGUGCCCCCUGUGUUUUCCCCUUCACCUUCCUGGGCAAAAAGCAUGAGCGCUGCACCAGCGAAGGCCGCGGUGACGGGAAGAUGUGGUGCUCCACCACGGACAGCUACGACGACGACCGCAAGUGGGGCUUCUGCCCCGACCAAGGUACAGAGCUCUGGCCGUGGGGCAGACACACUCCCCCCGCGCCCACAGCUGGGCUGGAAACCUUCCUGAGUCCCCACCCACCUCAGGCAUCAGCAGUGCCCCCCAG